CGUCAGUGUCAGCUAGUUGGAUCAGUGGUGAGGAGGUGUAACACUCACACCCGUCUCUCGCUGCCUGCUUCUCGUUUGUAGCUGCAGUGCACUGGAUCUCAGCUGAUCUCAUUACUGCUGGUGGACACCAUAAGCACAGUGGACAUGGGCCCAUGGGUGGAUUCGGAAGAAAAGAAAGGAAAGAAGAGCAGAGAAGAGGCGGCCAGACCGGAAGCUUUUCCUCACCCUCAGAGGUCUCAGGCUGAGAGCACACGCUUAGGAUCCAACCGCAACUUUUCUCAGAAGUGUGGGACAGGGGCUGGCACUUUACCCCAACUCGACCAACCGGUGAAGCAGAUGGUAGUGACCAAUGGCAAACUUCUCCACCAAGCAGAUGGCACCUUACCCAACAUUGUCAAACAACUGGUGCAGAAUGUCCAGCAGAGUCAGGAGGAGCGGGAAAGGCCGAGGCCCCAGUUCCCAAACCGUUUUGGCUCUGGUGUGGACAACAUUUCAGAGUCUUUAACCAGAAGCAUCAUCAACAAGUUUGAGAAGAUCAGGACUUAUGAGGGACAAAGGCUGCCCAUGUCACCAACAGCUGCACUCAAACACUUUCAAAGCCAGCUCACAGAGUACGAACAGGAGGAGAUUAUGGACUACACUGAAAUCUGGUAUCUGGGUUUAGACACCAAGAAGAUCCAGGGCUCCCAGGGAUCUGCACAGAACUCAGGCUAUGAUGACGAACAUGGAAGCUACCUCAAGGUCCUUCAUGACCAUAUUGCUUACCGCUAUGAGGUGCUGGAAGUGAUCGGCAAGGGAUCCUUCGGACAGGUCCUCAAAUGUCUGGAUCACAAGACAAAUGAGAUGGUAGCCAUCAAGAUCAUUCGUAACAAAAAAAGAUUCCAUCAACAAGCGCUGGUUGAGCUGAAGAUCUUAGAUGCUCUGAGAAGAAGAGACAGGGACAACUGUCACAAUGUCAUCCACAUGAAGGAGUAUUUCUAUUUCCGGAACCACCUCUGCAUCUCCUUUGAGCUGCUCGGUGCAAACCUGUAUGAACUGAUCAAGAAAAACAACUUCCAAGGUUUUAGCUUGGCUCUGAUCCGACGCUUCGCUCACGCUCUGCUCAAAUGCCUGCAGAUGCUUCACAGGGAGAAAAUCAUCCACUGUGACCUCAAACCGGAGAACAUUCUUCUGUCUCAGCGAGGACAGGGGAAUAUCAAGGUGGUUGAUUUCGGAUCAAGCUGUUACGAGCAGCAGAGAGUGUACACGUACAUCCAGAGCCGCUUCUACCGCUCUCCCGAGGUAAUCCUGGGCCACCCGUACAGCAUGGCUAUAGACAUGUGGAGUUUGGGUUGCAUCCUGGCCGAGCUGUACACAGGCUACCCUCUUUUUCCUGGAGAGAGCGAGGUUGAGCAGAUCGCCUGCAUCAUGGAGAUAAUGGGUUUGCCUCCAAAUGACUUUGUUCAGACUGCAUCCAGAAGAAAACUAUUUUUUGAUUCGAAGGGAAACCCACGGAACGUUACUAACAGCAAGGGGAAAAAACGUAGACCUAGCUCCAAGGAUCUUGCCAGUGUCCUAAAAACCAAUGAUCCUCUGUUCUUGGACUUCAUACGGCGAUGCCUUGAGUGGGACCCCACUAAGCGAAUGACCCCAGAUGAGGGCAUGCAGCAUGAGUGGAUACACGAAGGCCGGCUGAACAGGCUCCGCCCAAAAACUCGAGCAAUCAGGAAACCUGGAGAGAGUGACGUCAGCUAUGAUUACAGUUUCCGCAGAACAACACUGAACAAAACAGCAGAUAUGGUUGGUGUAGAUGACAGACUGAAGAGGGAGAAAUCAGUCAAAGAAGGUAAGCGAGAAACAGCGGAGCGCCUGCGACCGAUCGGCGCUUCGGCUGAGAAAGAAAACUGCGAAGGAGUGGGCUCGACCUCCAACAGCAAAGAAAGCACAGACAGCAAAGCGGAAAGCAGCUCACAGAGCAACCCAGAGAGGAAAUCAGACAGUGGUGAACGAUCUGUCGAAAUAAUCAUCCAGCCCCAGUCUCAGUCAUCACCCAGCACGGACUCAGAAGAGAGGGAGCAUCACUCACUUCCCCCUAUCAAUUAAUCUUAUUAGUGCAGGACGGGACACAGUUCAGAUGUGGGGUCAGGGAGGUCAUGGGCGGUGGCUUAGUAGUAGUAGUGGUUGUAAAUAAUGCAGUUCUUGUGUAGAUCUAUUUGUGAUAUACAGAAAUUCUUUCUGGAAAAGGAUGAUAAAUGCAGAGCAGAACAACAUCAUAGUAUGAAACUAAAAGGUCAGUAAGAGCUUUUAGCACUUGUUUUUACUAAACACUGGUUUGAAGGUUGGGAUGCACCGAUCCAUACAAUUUUCCAUACACUACUAAAAGAGCUUUCAGUAUCAGUCAAUAACUGAUGCAGAUCCAGCGCUGACAUUAUUACAGUAACCAAUUUCUUUCCUCCAUUUAGAACUAUGAAUCAUUUAACUGCGGUUACUUGGACGUAUGACCCAAAUAAAUCAAAGAUGAAGAUACUCAGGGCUUCUAAAUCCUGAGGUACUGUGCACCAGUGCACAUACACUGAUCAGCCAUAACAUUAAAACCACCUCCUUGUUCCUACACUCUGUCUAUUUUAUCAGCUCCACUUACCAUAUAGAAGCACUUUGUAGUUCUACAAUUACUGA